UAGUGUACAAAUGGCCCAAGUAAGUUUUCACUCCAAAUCUCCAAAAUUGCCAAACCGAUCUAAUGCUCCUCCCUCAAUCCCUGGAAACCCCAAAACCUCCCCUAAACCCUUUAAACCAACUCUCCUUCGAGCAAAACUACAGAAACAUCUGCAACCUACUCCUCUCUUUAACCCACACAAGGUCCCUCCCAAAGGGUCUCCAACUCCAUGCCCACAUCAUUAAAUCAGGCAUUCAAACCAUCCCUCUCAUAUCUCAUCACCUCAUCAACUUCUAUUCCAAAACCCAACUCCCUCUCUUCUCCCGUCAAGUCUUCUUCGAAGCUCCACAUAAAAGCCCCACUACUUGGAGCUCUGUUAUCUCCUCUUUCGCUCAAAAUGAAUUCCCUUCCCUUGCAAUCCAGUUUUUCCGGACAAUGCUUGUUAAUAACAUUAGGCCCGACGAUCAUAUCUACCCUAGCGCUACUAAGUCAUGUGCGAUUCUGGGAAGGUCUGAUAUUGGCCAAUCGAUACAUUGCUUGGUUUUGAAAACUGGGUAUGAUAGGGAUGUAUUCGUGGCGAGUUCUUUGGUUGACAUGUAUGGUAAAUGCGGGAAAAUUAAGGAUGCAAGGAACUUGUUUGAUGAAAUGCCUCAAAGAAAUGUUGUUUCUUGGAGUGGGAUGAUAUAUGGGUAUGCACAGUUAGGUGAGUUUGAGGAAGCUUUGACAUUGUUCAAACAAGCUUUAUAUGAACGCCUGGACAUAAAUGACUUUACUUUUUCGAGUGUUGUACAGGUUUGUGCUAAUUCCACGCUGCUUCAGUUAGGUAAGCAGAUACAUGGAUUGUGCUUUAAAACAAAUUAUGAUAUGUCAAGUUUCGUUGGCAGUUCUUUGAUAUCUUUGUAUUCUAAGUGUGGAGUGAUAGGAGGAUCUUACCGGGUUUUUGAUGAAGCCUGUGUUAAGAAUCUUGGGAUGUGGAAUGCAAUGCUGAUUGCUUGUGCUCAGCAUUCACAAACAGAGAAAGUGUUUGAUUUGUUUAAGCAGAUGGAAGGCCUUGGGAUCAAACUGAAUUUUAUUACCUUUUUGUGUGUGCUCUAUGCUUGUAGCCAUGCCGGGCUUGUUGAGAAGGGACAACAUUUCUUUGAGUUAAUGAAGGAGUAUGGAAUUGAGCCAGGUGAUCAACAUUACGCUUCUUUGGUUGAUUUAUUUGGUCGUGCAGGUAAACUGCAGGAGGCACUUUCAAUCAUCAGGGAGAUGCCUAUUCGGCCGACAGAGUCUGUCUGGGGAGCUUUUUUAACAGGGUGUCGACUUCAUGGGAACACUGAAUUGGCAGCUUAUGCUGCUGAUAGGAUUUUUGAGUUGGGACCCGUGAGCUCAGGUUUGCAUGUGUUAUUAUCUAAUGCUUAUGCUGCUGCUGGGAGAUAUGAGGAUGCAGCCAAAGCUCGGAAGAUGCUUAGAGAUCGAGGGAUUAAGAAAGAGACAGGUUUGAGUUGGGUUGAGGAGGGAAAUAAGGUUCACACAUUUGCUGCUGGGGAUAGGUCCAAUGCCAAAGCAAAAGAAAUUUACAGAAAAUUAGAGGAAUUAGGAGACGAAAUGGAACGAGCUGGUUAUAUUGCGGACACAAGUUUUGUGUUGAGAGAAGUAAACGGCGAAGAAAAGAAUCAGACAAUCAGAUAUCAUAGCGAAAGACUAGCUGUUGCAUUUGGGCUCAUUACCUUUCCAUCAGAUAGGCCAAUUAGAGUUAUGAAGAACUUGCGCAUCUGCGGUGAUUGUCAUACAGCAAUCAAGUUUAUGUCCAAGUGUACUGGAAGAGUAAUUAUAGUUAGGGAUAACAAUCGGUUUCAUCAUUUUGAGGAUGGAAAAUGUUCCUGUGGUGACUAUUGGUGAAUGAAGUAUAAGAUACCAUUAUUGUAUCCUAACAAAAUUCUGGGACAAGUGGGCAAAGAAUUACAUUGAAAGACUAUAGUGUGAGAUAACCAAGUGCCCCAUAGGUUUGAUGAUGGCAAAAUGCUUCUAUGAUAACACUAUUGAUGAACAAUAUGUAAGAUAAUAUACUUAUUGUACCUUAACAAAAUUUUGAAAUGAGAAGGGGAAAAUUAAAACCAAAGAA